CGGUCACAAUUCGACAGUUCAUCGCAGCGUUUCCAGCUGGAUGCGUCUUUGCGCCAAAACGUCAAAAGUGACUAUGCCUCGCAAAACGUAUUCUGCGGCUGAGGUGGAACAUGUGGUCCGAUUGUCUAGUCAGGGACAAAAGAACGCACAAAUAAGUAGAUGUCUCGACAUCCCUCCAUCCGUUGUUUGUCGAAUGCUUAAGCGAGUGGCAGAACGGGGCACUACCGAACCUCGCAAAGGGGAAGGUAGACCCCGAAAAACUACGCCGCGUACUGAUCGGGCCAUACUGAAUGCAGUGAAGGCGGAGCCAUUCAUACAAGUCGAACGCAUCAAAUCGGAACUCCAGCUGUCCAUCACAUCACGCACCGUUAUCAACCGGCUUAACGAAGCUGGAGGAGCGGCUUAUCGCCUACAGAGCUAUCAUGCAGCAAAGAUGCCGAAGAUCUCCGCCAAGCAUCGGCAGGCUAAGACAAGGGCAACGAUUCCACAGCAGCAACCCACUGGUUCGGACCAGCAAGCUAAACGUCGCCGCUCAACUAGAUCAAAACUCGCCCUUCCAAGAAGAUCCAGCUCGAAAAAGUGUGGUGGGGAUGAAGCGACAAAGCUGGUCCAACAGUCAGCCAAAUACAGUCGUCUCCCACUUCAAGCCUCUAACCGCCAGUCAAGACGGAAAACAACGACGUCAGUAUCAAGAAGGCACUGGGGCAUUGAUGUAAAAUAAAGGGCUCGCCUUUCGAACCUGGAGGUGCAAGGUUUAAAUCGA